AUGAACGAGUUCGCUCGCUUCUCCAAGCGGGCCGUUGACUAUAUCUUCGAUCGACCGCCUCGAAACGACGACUCAUCCCCGAUCUGGUGUCUUGGAAAGUCAUACGAAUCGAACGUCCACCCCGAUCGACCUCUGACAGUCACGACUGGAACCUCGCCCUCUGCUAAAUCCGAGUCCGAAGCCUCUCAUGCCGAUUCCGCCGUCGUGACCCAGCCAACGUCCAACACUGGGGCGGAAGCUCAGAAUGCAGAAGAUGAGCUGACGAAAAGCUUUGAUCAGGUUCAGUUGACCAAGUCUAUGGAAGAGGAGGAUCUUGGGUGGCCGCAGGAGUUUCUUGAAGACUUUGAGUCGCGAAUCUGGUUGACAUAUCGCAACAACUUCCCCCCGAUAGCCAAAUCGAACGAUCCCGCUGCUGCUUCGGCCAUGUCCUUCACGACGAAGCUACGCAACCUGGCGAACCAGGGUGGCUUCACAUCAGAUACCGGAUGGGGUUGCAUGAUCAGGAGUGGACAGUCGCUAUUGGCGAACACCUUACUUCUGCUGCGGUUGGGUAGAGAGUGGAGGAGGGGACAGAAGGAGGAUGAAUACAAGGAUUUGCUCUCCUUGUUUGCAGAUACACCAGAAUCGCCUUUCUCAAUACAUAAAUUUGUGGAGCAUGGAGCUCAGGCUUGUGGAACAUAUCCUGGCGAGUGGUUUGGACCGAAUGCCACAGCGAGAUGUAUACGUGCCCUCACAGACAAGUACCACGAAGCUGGACUUCGAGUAUACGCUCGGCCAAACGACAGCGACGUCUACAUCGACUCCCUCGUGGCCACCGCUUCCCAAAAGCAUGCAGAUGACCAGUUCGAGCCAACCCUGAUAGUCUUGGGCAUCCGACUCGGCAUCGAGAAAGUCACCCCAGCCUACCAUGCCGCACUCAAGGCAGCACUCGAGCUCCCACAAAGCGUCGGCAUCGCAGGUGGCAGACCCAGCAGCAGCCACUACUUUAUCGGCAACCAAGGCGACAACUUCUUCUACCUCGACCCACACACCACUCGACACAUGCUCUCAGCCCAGCCAUCUGCCGAAGACAUCGAGACUUGCCACACACGUCGCGUGAGGAGACUCGGGCUCGCGGAGAUGGAUCCAUCGAUGUUGCUCGGCUUCUUGAUUCGCUCGAAGGAGGAGUUUGAGGAGUGGCGGAAAGCGGUCGCGGAGAUGCCUGGGAAGGCCAUCAUCCAUAUCCAUGAGACGGAGCCGAAGUAUGCAACGGGUAAUGAGAGAGCUGGUGCGGUCGACGAGGUGGAGACGUUGGACGAGACGCUCGACGAGGAUGAUGGUGACGAUUCGGCGCUUUGA